UUAUACAUAAUUGGAUUAAAAAAAUAAAAAUAAAAAUUGAAACUUUGAAAUGAUAAAUUCAUAAUAUAAUAUAUAUUAAAGCUUUGAAGCGGAAUUGGGAGGAUGAGACCGACUCGGAUGCGGAUUCAUCUUGGCAACAAAACUUGCCCAUAAGCUCACGCGUCCCCGUAUUUUUUUUGUUCCGAACCCCUUCGGAGAGAGAGAGAGAGAAUUUUGAUCUCUCCCGAUUUCUGAUGCAAUUUCUCACCGAUUUCCAUGGAUUCUAAGCCUCCUCAGCCUUCAGCUUCUAAUCCUCCACCAAAACCUUGGGAACGAGUAGGGGGAUCGUCGGGUUCAGCACCUUUUAGACCGCCAUCGGCUGGCAAUACAAGUGAUGUUGUAGAGGCUUCUGGGACUGCAAAACCGGGAGAAAUUGUUUCUAGUUCUGAUAGGACUGCUGCUGUUAAUAGGAACUCACUCGGCAGGCCUGUCCCAACAAGGCCUUGGGAGCAAAAUUAUGGGAAUAACAGCUACGGAGGAGCUUAUGGUUCAACUAUGAAUAAUUCUCUUUACGGUUCUGGAAUGUAUGGUUCUUCUUCUUAUGGUGGAGGAAUGUAUGGAGGUGGAAUGUAUGGGAACAGCAUGUAUAGAUCAGGAGGAGGUUAUGGUGGGCUUUAUGGAUCUUCUGGUAUGUACGGAAAUAGUGGUAUGUAUGGAGGUGGAAUGUAUAAUAGUGGAAUUGGAGGUCCAAUGGGCGGCUAUGGAAUGGGCAUGGGUGGUCCUUAUGGUGGUCAAGAUCCAAAUGACCCUUAUGGUCCUCCCUCAUCUCCUCCGGGAUUUUGGAUGUCAUUUCUGCGAGUGAUGCAUGGUGUUGUGAACUUCUUUGGUCGAAUAUCCAUUCUUAUUGACCAAAACACACAGGCAUUUCAUAUGUUCAUGACUGCACUACUUCAGCUUUUUGAUCGCUCCGGUAUGUUGUAUGGAGAGCUUGCUAGAUUUGUCUUGAGGCUGCUCGGAAUCAAAACCAAACCUAGGAAGGUUGUAGGCCCUGAUGGACUUCCACUUCCUGGAGCCCCCCAUCCUCAUCAAGGCCAGAACUUGAUCGAAGGACCAAAGGCUGCUCCUGAUGGCGCGUGGGAUAAUGUUUGGCCGAAUGGCUCCCAGUAAAUGAACAAAUUUAAUUACUAUUGAAGUGUACUCAAAACAAGAAGCAUACUGGAAGAUCUCAAUCGGACAGAGAACUGAGAUGUGAUCCCAAGCUUGUAUUAGCAGGAUUGGCCUCAGCCUUGGCCGCAGUUUCUGGAAUCCGAGAAGAACAUAAUAUGAAAGUGAUUUAAGCUGUCUGUGACAUGAAAUGCGUAGUUGGUUUUACUGGUUCUUUGGGUGGUUCAGUUCAGUACUAUUCUUUUUUGUGGUGUAUGAUUGAUGAUAAUAAUGGAAAGAGAUCAUAUUCUAAA